UGGUGACAUCGUUGAGUAAAUCUGUCGCGUGUGCGUGCAUGUGUGUGUUUAUAAAGUGGAGGAAUGGGUGAAAUGGAAAGAGGUCGGUGUAGCAGGCUACAACCCUUAGUCGGCGUCAAUGUGUAGUAGCCGACGGUCCAUUGACACGUGAAGGUCUCUAUCUCGAUUUCACCAUCAGCAGUAACUAUAAAAUUAGUUGUGACUAUGACGUCGAAGGGGAACGAUGUGGACGACACGCAGGACCCCCUGUUCUGUCAGGAGGCUGAGGAAGUGUACAGAAACCCCACUGAGUUGAAGAUGAGUCAGAUCGUGCUGCCGUGCCAUGCCAAUCACUGCGGGGAGCUGAGUGUCGGACAGCUGCUGAAGUGGAUGGACUCCACCGCCUGCUUGUCUGCUGAGAGACAUGCUGGUUGUUCCUGCAUCACAGCAUCUGUGGACGACAUCCAUUUUGAACACACCAUCGGGGUGGGAAAGGUCGUCAACAUCAUAGCAAAGGUCAACAGAGCCUUCACGUCCAGUAUGGAGGUGGGCAUAUUGGUGAAUUGUGAGGAUCUGUACACCGACCGGCAGUGGAAAGUUUGCCAUGCUUUUGCGACCUUUGUCGCCAGACGAACUGAAGCGGGGAAGGUACAGCUGAAGCAGGUGCUUCCUCGCACACAAAUGGAGCAGAUGGAGUACAGCCUUGCAGCAGAGCGGAGGAGGAUGAGGCUCAUCCACGCUGAGAUCAUUACAGAUCUACUGAGCAGCAGCACAGCUCAACUGGGAGAAUGCCAGGAGUACAAGGACGCUGUGCGGGCUGAGCGGACACGGGUGGAGAGCGUGGAGCUUGUGCUUCCGCCACAUGCCAACCAUCAAGUCAGCACCUUUGGGGGCCAGAUCAUGGCCUGGAUGGAGAAUGUGGCUACAAUUGCAGCGAGUCGCUUGUGUAACGCUCACCCAACCUUGAGGAGCAUUGACAUGUUCCAUUUCCGUGGCCCGUCUCACAUUGGUGACCGACUGGUACUGAAAGCCAUUGUUAACAAUACCUUCAAGCACAGCAUGGAGGUGGGAGUGUGUGCGGAGGCCUACCAGGGUGGAGAACCUCUGCGCCAUAUAAAUAGUGCUUUCAUGACGUUUGAGGUGCUCGACGGUGACGGGAAGCAGUGCACGUUACCGCGGAUACGACCCGAGCCUGUGGAUGGGAAAAGACGUUAUCAGGAAGCUGUUGCCAGAAAGAAGAUUCGCCUUGAUAGGAAGUACAUUAUCUCCUGCAACCAAACUGAAGUGCCCGUUUCGGUACCCUGGGAUCCAAGUAACCAGAUUUACCUGAGCUACAAUAAUGUAUCGGCACUGAAACUAAUGGAUACCAGAAACAACUGGGUAUUAACGUUUGAGAAAAACAAGGUCAGACUGUACACACUGGAGGAAAACCACGUGCUGUGUUUCAAGGUGGAGAUGCACGUCAGCGUACCGGCGGAGCAGACGUUCCACCUUCUGUCAGACCUGAGGAGGAGGAAGGAGUGGGACCGGCACUAUGAGGAGUGUGAGAUGAUCACCCAGGCAGAUGAGGAAGACACCCUUUACCGCGUGGCCGCACCUUCUGUCAGUAAAGGGGGCAAAGGCCAGGACUUUAUCUUGCUAGCAUCCAGGAGGAAGCCGUGUGACGCCAGGGACCCGUAUCUGAUCGCUCUGCGUUCUGUCACUUUACCCACUCACCUGCCCACUGAGGACUACACCAGGGGAGAGGUGCUGUGUGCUGGCUUCACCAUCUGGGAAGAGUCCAGCACCGUCACCAAGAUCACCUACUACAACCAGGCCACGCCGGGCGUCCUCCCCUACAUCUCCACGGACAUCGCCGGCCUGUCCUCCAGCUUUUCGAGCACCUUUUCUGCUUGCAGUCACUUCCUGGAGGCCAACAAGGACAGCCUGGCUGCUCUGCCGCCCUCCGCGCUGUGACGUCACCGCUGCCAUCGUCUCCCGGACGAGAGGAGCAGGAGCGUCGGUCUUUGCCUCAUUUCCCCUCUGUUGUGGAGGCUCUUCAGGAGCCCGUAUUUGAAUGUAAAGGUCCCCACCCUUGAGAUUACAAACAUCUUUGCAUUUGUAAUUUCUUUUCAAGUCUUUUGAACCUCAGUUCUCACUGUGUGACUUUGUUCCUUCAUAAAAUGAGAGAAAUAGUUUUUAAUAAGCUAAAGAAAUAGUGUUUACUCUUUUUUUUUUUUUUUUUUUUUUUUUUUUUUAUUAUAAAAGAAUUGCUACUUUCUUUCAGCCAGAUUAAAAGGUAUGAAGCAAGACUGCACAAUAUGGAUGAUAAACCUUUUUAGUUUCAUGAUAGCUCAUUUAUUAUGGAAUAAUCUCUGUGCCAAAAAUAAUUUAUAGAUCAAUGAAUCAUAUUUUGGUUUUAAGUAUUUACCACAAUCUCAGCAAUCUGUUUUCUUGAGACAGUCAUGCAUUUAAUGGUAUUUCCAUUCUUUUAGUCAAAGUUGAGAUAUUUCAACCAGCCUCUUUUUGUUAUAGUUUUUCUACCUCCUAAAUGUUUUUAAAUUAUUUGAAUGAGACUUUGAAUAGGAGCGAGACGAGAUGUACAUUUAGUGUGUUGAUGAUGUUUUGAGACGAUGAUGUAUAGUUUUAGAGGACAACUCUUGCACUGAUUGUAAUGUAUGUUGACAUUCAAUGGCCAAGUAUCUCACAUGUCAAGCUGUCUUGAUUUUUAACUGAAACAAUAAACACAAAAGACUAGA